AUGGCUUUCGCUUUCGCUAUCAAGAACUUCGCCGUCUUCCUCGCCGUGCUAGCUGUCGCGAUGCUGGUGAAUGUGAACCUCGCCGCGGCCAUGCUGUCAACAGACCUCUCUGUCGCGAGCCCUGCUCGACUUCGUCUGGCUCCGCGCAACAUCACCCAACAGGCUGGUUGCCCACCAGGACAACCCCCAAACCAAGCUGGCUGCUCCACUUGCGCCGAGUGCUGCAUCUUCGAGUUCAACGACGCCGGCUGCGGUCAACAUUCCGUCGAAGAGUACGUCCUCAACGAUUACAACUGCCACUCUCUCUUGAUCGACAUGAACAACGUCUGGAUCACCGAGUGCACUGGCUCAUUUGUUGAGUGCAUGCUCUGGAAGAAUCACGACUGUACCGGUGAAGAUAGCUGGAGCAUCGACAACACCAAGGAUGUCUGCCAUCAUACGCAGUAUUGGAUCGGGGCAAUUCAGUGCUAUGAAAGUGACGAGCAGAAGCAGUUGGCUAUCGCGAGGGCGAGGGGGUUGAACAGAUAG